UUCUCUGGAGCAGUCCGCGUUUCGGUUGUUGCCGAGGAGUUUAGCUGGAAGUGAGAACGAAGUGAGUGUUAACAACAAAAAUACAAAAAGAACCCAUAAGCAAAGGACUACCAAAUGGCUAACAGAACUACUAAUCGACAGUCAUCGUCUUACAUUAGGAUGUUUGGUGAGCGACCAGGGAUAGCUCGGUCAACAUAUUCAAGUAACCAGUAUUCUAGUCCCGUGCGCACAUCACGGGUCUCCUCCAGCGUUUCCUCUGCGCCACCAUCGAUCUUUGCCACCAAGAGCACCAGAGUGCGAACCGUACCCUUGCCCAAGUUGGGAUCAGAUACUUUGGAUUUCGCCCUGUCCGACGCUAUCAACACCGAAUUCAAAGCAAGUCGUACCAAUGAGAAAGCAGAGAUGCAACACCUUAACGACAGAUUUGCCAGUUAUAUAGAAAAGGUGAGAUUUCUGGAGCAACAGAACAAGAUUUUAAUUGCAGAGCUAGAGCAGUUGAAAGGGAGAGGUACGUCCCGUGUUGGAGAUCUUUAUGAAAACGAAAUGAGAGAUUUGCGCCGUCAAGUGGACCAGAUCACCAACGAAAAAUCCAGGGUGGAAGUUGACCGAGAUAAUCUGGGAGAAGAUAUUCAGCGACUCAGAGAGAAGCUUCGGGAGGAAAUGCUUCAAAGAGAAGAUUCUGAAAACAGUCUCCAAAGCUUUAGGCAGGAUGUAGAUAAUGCAUCCCUGGUUCGUCUAGACUUGGAACGGAAGGUGGAGUCCCUGCAAGAGGAAAUCACUUUCCUGAAGAAGCUUCAUGAUGAGGAGAUUGCUGAGCUGCAGGCCCAGAUCCGUGACCAGCAUGUGCAGAUCAACAUGGAUGUGGCCAAGCCCGACCUGACUGCUGCCCUGCGAGAUGUCCGAAUGCAGUAUGAAAGUCUGGCCAAUAAAAACAUCCAUGAGGCAGAGGAAUGGUACAAAUCCAAGUUUGCUGAUUUUUCAGAGGCUGCUGCCCGCAACAAUGAAGCCCUGCGUCAGGCUAAGCAGGAGGCCAACGAGUAUCGCCGCCAGAUUCAGGCUCUGACAUGCGAGGUGGACGCUCUUAAAGGCACAAACGAUUCUUUGGAGCGCCAGAUGAGGGAGCUGGAAGAUGCCUUUGGCAUGGAGGUGUCUGGUUAUCAGGACACCAUCGCCCACCUUGAAGAGGACAUCCACAACAUGAAGGAGGAGAUGGCUCGCCAUCUUCGCGAGUACCAGGACCUGCUCAAUGUUAAAAUGGCUCUGGACAUUGAGAUUGCCACCUACAGGAAACUGCUAGAAGGAGAGGAGAGCAGAAUCACAACACCAGUGCCUAAACUCACUACUUUUAAUCUGAGAGAAACCAUGCUGGAGACCAGACCGGUAAUGGAGAUGGAGAACCUGCCCAAGAAGGUGGUUAUUAAGACCAUUGAAACAAAAGAGGGGCAUGUAAUUAAUGAGUCUACUCAGCAUCAUGAAGAGCUGGAAUGAACUGCAUGUCAACCCUGUGAAAGACAGAUGUAAUAGGUCACUGAGGAGGAGUGCACUGUAGUGGAAUAAGAUAUAGAUAUAGAAGCUGAGGUGUUUCUGUGUGAGGGGGAAAAAUGAACAAACAGACAAACAGCUUUAAAGUGCCUUUUUUUGCCACUGUAGAAAAAUCUGCAGACACAGUUGUGAUUGAGCGUUAUAGACACUGUAGGCAAAUGAUUGAACCAGCUUCACACAGUAUUCUUGUUUACUAUGAUUUUCGUAGUUUACACUGUACAAGACUACAGCAAUAAUCUAACUGCUUUAUUUUGUAUGCUAUUACAAGCUGACCAAAAUCUAAAAGAAUGAAAUGAUGUCUCAUAAACAUCAAAAUGUUACUGCUUUCACUAGGUCAAUAUCAAUAAACAUUUAAGAAAAAUAAACA